AUGGACUUAAAAGGAAAGGUUGCAUUGAUAACGGGCGCGGCUUCCGGCAUCGGCUUAGCGUAUAGCGAAGAAUUAUUAAAACAAGGUGCUAAGGUUUCCCUAUGCGACAUCGAUUCGGAGCGCGGGGAACAAGUAACAGAAAAGCUCGCUUCAAAAUAUGGCCGAAAAAACGUUUUGUUUUGUCGAUUAGAUGUUACUGACUAUCCACAAUUUGAAGAGGCAUUUGUGAUGACAGUAGAGGAGUUCAACCGGAUUGACAUUGUCAUUAAUAAUGCUGGCUUCAUGAACGACAGGCUUUGGGAACUCGAAGUCGAUGUUAAUUUGAAUGGCGUCAUCAGAGGUACGCUGCUCGCAUAUCGGUUUAUGGGGAAGGAUCGCGGAGGGCAAGGCGGUGUCAUCGUGAACACGGCCUCUACAGCAUUUGCGAGACCUCAAGUGUCGACUCCGAUCUACACAGCAACGAACUACGCUAUUGUUGGUCUCACCAGAGCUUACGGGGAUCAGUACCACGUCAAUAUGACCGGAGUGCGAUGCCUCGUCGUGUGCCCUGGACUCACGGACAGUGGUUUGGUGAAGGAUCUUGACAAGCAGCUUAUGUCUUCAAAAUACGAGACUGCUUGGCUAGGGGACAUUACAGAUUCUAAAAUGCAGAGCUCUGAUCACGUUGGGAGAGCCCUGGUGGAUGUACUCGCGAAAGGUCAAAGCGGCUCAGUUUGGAUUGUCGAAAACGCUCAGCCGGCUAGGGAGUGGCGCGGCUAAGUGUAAAUCGGCAAGGCAUUUCGUAACAUUGAGCGACAUUUAGACUUGCUAACACAAUGAAGUUGGUUUAAGCUCAGCCGCACAUUCUAAGAAAUUUUGUUCCGCCAACGCGCACCCAUUUCACAAGUGGCGUCCUGAUUCUGAAAAUAGACAUAAUCUCCCAAGAAACAGUAAUUUGUCAGUUUAGGAUCACACAAAGACCGAAUUUUAAAAAGUAUUUAACAAUCUAAAUAAUUUAUUCCUGAAUUUCGAGAGGGUACUCUCGAAGGCGGAAUAUUUUUACUGUACGAAAAUACUGAUAAUCGUCAAACUAUUUUUUUUUAAUUAUUACAUUAUGGUAUGUCAACAUCAAGCAGACAUUGAACAUUUUUUAAAGUUCAAAGUUUAGAGCAGCAGAAAACAAACUAAUACCAGAGAUAUAUAUUAAUAACAUUUUUUAAUUUAUCCCCAACAUAAAUACAAAGUCUGAACAUUUGCGAAUCUUACCCAUAAAUUCGGCCUUUUGCUUCGGCAUUUCUGUUUCUUAUUGCCUACGUAAGAGCUCUGACACGCUUCUGGCGAGCAUUUGGCCGAUCUAUGUGAGGUCUAAGACGUUAUCACAGACUUGUCUACAGCCUGUUUACUGGUGAUAGGACCUCUUGUGAGACCGCACGGGUAGGUACGUAAAGCAGUAAUUCGUUUCGGUUUGAAAGGUGGGGUAGCCGUUGUAACUAU